AAAAUUCGACAGCCAAAAUCUCUUCGUUCACCUUAGCCAUGCCAAAGGAUCCUAAAUGCCGGAAACCAGUCUGAAGCUGGAGCCCAUUUGGGUGUUAUUGGGCCGAAGCAUUUGAAAAAGUAGGAGACAUGGUGAAAUGGUUUUGAAUUGUAAAAUAAAUCAUUUCCCUCCACAAGGACACAGAGAGAGAGAGAGAGAGAGAAACAGAGCUCUUCGCUCCAGAGUCUAGAGAGAGAUAAUCAGCCACUCCCUCUUAACGCUUCCUCUCUCUCUCUCUUCUUUUUUUUCUUUUUUCUUUUUUUUUUUUUAGAUUUUUUCCUGAAAGAUGGUCUUCUGCAAAACCCUAAUUUCGGCCAAUUUACAGAAGGUGAGUCUGUUUGUGUGAAAGAAGAAGGGCUGUUAGUUCAAAAUUUUCCGAAAAUGGCGUCGAACAUCCCCGAAGAGCGGCCGAACAACACCGAGAGUGGAGAAACCCUGGCCGGACGUAUGAACAACAAGAAGCGCUCUCGUCGAGUGAGCUUUGCCGACACCGAGAUCACCUCCGUUCACAUUUUCAACCCCGACGACGACGACGACUCCUACGACACUCCUCCCAACUCCAAACGAACCUCCUCCCGGAUUCACAAUGCUGCCGAUUUGGAGACCGACGCUCCUGUCGUUGGGUUUUUCAAGGACUUGACUGGCGGUGAUAGCGAAGACUCCGGCGACGAUGAUGAUGAACGAAUUGUCGACGCCAGGAAGUCCUUCCUCAGACCAUUGGGCUCCCCCUCUCCUGGAAGCAGUACCGUCGGCUCUGUCACCUCCAACGACGAAGACAACUUUUUUGGUCCUGUGUCAGCAAGUUUCAUUAGACCUGAACAGCUAUUUGAUUCAGCUGCCUCAUGUGAAAAUUAUGAAGAUACAAUGGAUACCACAGCAUUUUCAAUGCAUUACCGCAGUCUUGUGAGGUCGGAGUCCGGAGAAGAACCCAAAACUCCAACAGCAGUUUCCUUUGCCUUUGGAGAGAAGACACCAAAAACACCACCCAAGGUUACUAAUCCAAUUGAUUCAGGAGGAAGCUUUAUGGAAAUAACAGAACCCAAGAAGUUAAUUUCUCCCUUUUUGGUGCCUGUUGGAAAGGCUAGAGAUGUUGAAGAUUCCAAUGACAUGAGUAUUGUGGAGGAAAACCCGAAUAGGUUUGACUACGGGAGGCUAUCCCCCACAACAGAAGCACUUUUGGCUUCUUCUUCUUCCUACCAAAAUGAGACUGGCCACGUGGGUCAAACAAAUGGUAGAGAUUCAGAAUUGGGUAAUUCUGCUAGUCACGAGAAGUCUGCUGAGGCUGCUUCUGUAGAUGGUGUCGAAUUGAAUCGAGCAAAUGGUGAUUGUCUCGUUCGGAAUGUUGAUGAUUGCUUAUCUGACAACAAUUGUGAUCUAGCUGCUGCUGCUUCUAUUGAUUGCCAAAUACAGAGCCCCAGUCGAUUAACUAGAAAGAACAAGGAAUUGCCUAAAGACUGGUCUGAACAGGGCAUAUCAAAAUUGGAGUUCGCUAAUGUUAACAGUGGUACCAUACAAAAUAUGGAUAUUAAAGAUCUUCAAUCUGAUGUAUGUGCGCAGCAUGAACCUGCAUGCCAACAUUUGAGUGAAGGCUCAAUAAGAGGGAACUCUCCCAUUGAAGGAAAACAUCUAUCCGAUAUUGAUCAGAAUUUCGCUCAACGAUAUGCAUCUCCAUUAGAAGGUUCCAGUCUCUCAUUAUCUACUAGAGGACGGCAAUCAAUCAUGACUCCUAACUCAGCCAGAUAUUUGGGCAUAAUUUCUUCCUCAAUACAUACAGGUAUUGUUUCAAGUAAUGAAGUCACAAAAGCUGCUGAGAGUAUUUCAUCUAUUCAGAAAAGCAUUUCUAGGUUCAGAAUUCCAAACUCUUCACCUCCCAAUUCCAGUCUCAAAGAAGGAAUCGAUAAAUUGAAACGCAGAUUGUCUAAUUACUCAUCUAUGGCUUCUCCCUUCACCCCUGAUCGAACUGACAAUAGCACAGAUCUUAAGUCCAAAUAUGUUAGUGCUUUGGUUGCUAGUUCAGAGGAAAAAUUGCAUAGGGCUGAUUUGAAGAAUGGGGAAUAUAAAAUGUUGGUUAACAUCGAUAACAAUGGAAUUGAGACCCCAAAAAACACUGGCAAACUGGCCCCGGAUGAAGCAAUAACAGGUCUUGAAAAUGAUGGAGAGCCUGCAAAUUAUAUGUUGAUGGAUAUACAUUCCAAAGAUAAAGCUACUAAACUAGUGGCAGGAAUAGGUUCACCCUCUAACAUGGCACUGUCAGGAACUGAAGUGAAGCAGGAUAUCUUAAUCUCAGAGAUAUCCCCAAAAAGGACAUUGGUGAUGUCUGGAACUCGUUCCUUAUUGUUAAAUGAUGGAGAAACUAAGCUUCAGCGUCACCAAAUUGAAUCUGAAACCUUUCGAAUUGCACAGACCCCUUCUAGGGAUACAACAAUCUUGAAUUUUCAGUUUGAAAGCUCAGAAGAGCACCAUAAAACUGGAGCUAGCCCACUGCUAUCCGUGUCCUCUAUCUCCGGAAGUACAUCUGAACCAUCCCCUCUGAAGAGCCCAUCCAAUAAAGGGUCAACUUGGAGUUCUCCCAGGAAAGUGCCAACUCGAAGGUCCUCAAGGAAUAGUUCUGACCAGAAGGCUAUGAGGCAGGAGCCAACUCCAAGUUCCCCCAUGAAGGGACCAACUCAGAGUCCCUCGACGAAAGAACCAACUCAGAGAUCCUCCAAGAAAGAGGCAAGUUGGAGUGCCCCUAGGAAAGAGCAAUCUCAAAGUCCUUGCAAGAGAGAGCUAACUUGGAGUUCUCUCAUGAAUGAGCUGCCUCAAUUUCCCUCCAUAAAAGAGCCAGCUCAAAAGUGCCCCAGGAAAGAAUUAAUGAAGGGCCUUUCCAGACUGGAAACAUCCAGUCCAGCACAGAGUGACAUUGUGCAAUCCUUUGUUGGGAAAGAUAUAGUAUCUCCCCACUCCAAUUCAAAUGUUUUUGGUAAUGAUGGUUGUGAUCAGGAGCUUCAUAUAUCUCAUAGUCCUUUUGUUACACGAGAUUUAGAGAUCUCCUCACAGAAGAGAAGCAUUGGAGUUGGUUUUGAUGAUGGAAACCAUGCAGACAAUAUUCCCAGCAUCCAGAGAAGUCCAGAUGUUCACAGAAAUGGAAAUUAUGAUUCUGCGCAUUUGUUACAUCACUCUGAUAGAAUUGAUAGUGAAAGGGAGAAGAUUGAAGAUGAUAGAACACUGACAAACUGGUCGGAUUUUUUGGUUAAAUUCUCCAGGGACACAAGGCAGUUACUUUCUCCAUCAAUAGACAAGCUAAACUUAAGAACAAUUAGUGUAUUGGAGGAUACUUUGGUUCACUUGCUGAAGGCUAGAAAAUAUGAGAUUAUUAGUUCUGAAAUCCAGUCUCAGAAAGUUACUGGCUGCUUCAACAUUAGGCAGAAAAGGAUAGUUGAAGCAAAAUUUUUGUUGUCCAAAAUAGCGUAUGAAACGGCUAAACUGCAGUUAAUGUGUGCAAAACGUGAGAAAUUGCUGAAAAGGACACAGCUUUUAAGCUCUGGAAUUCAGGAGUGUCAAAGGUUGCAGUUGAAUUAUAUUCAACAAAAGUCUGAAAGUGGUAGAAAAGGCACUCCUCUUCAGUCUCAUUCAGUUAAUUUUGAGGGUGAAAAUCAGGUGGUGUGCAAUAAUAUUAGCACAAUGAAGAAGGAGAUUAAAGUUUUAGAUGCAAAAAUAAAGAGCUUGAGCAAUUUCUUUCACAGCUAUUGUAAGUUGAAAGGAGAACCAAGCAGUACCAAUACUGUUACAUUAGCCCAAGAUCAUGUCAAGACAAGAACAUGUGGCCGGAUUUUACGUCAGGAUUUACAGUUAUGGAAAGUUGAUGAUUUUAAGAGUAGGAAUGGUCAUUACACAAUUCUUCUCAACUAUCAGGGCUACCUCAGCCAAAGGUUUACAUUAAAGUUUGGUCCUGCAUCAAACAUUGUUGUCUCAAAUGAAUUGAAUGUUAUAAACAUUGUGAAGAACUUUCCAAACAUGGAUGCUCCGGUUGCAUUUGCUUUUGUGUUAAAUCCUGGCGCUGCUAAAAGAGGUGUUAGUUCAAAAUGUUUGGUGCAAGAAACACAGGUAAUCCGUUCUCUCCUAUGUAAUCUAUUUAACGUGGUUGAGGAGUUACAGAUGGCUCAGAUAGAGGUCGGGAAUUUAAUAGAGACAACAUUUCAUUGUCCAUCUGUUGAGCAGCUUGAUUUGCAGCUUUGUUUCGUCAAUUAUAAUAGUGGUAGAAAGGUCACUCUGACUCUUGAUGUAACAUGUUUGAAUAGAGGGAUUUAUCCUUCUGAGAUCCUUCCAUAUCAAGUGCAGGAUCCCACUGGUAGGGCACGAAAUUCUGAGUCACUCUUGGUUGAAAUAAAUUCUGCUGCUGAUAAUCUUGAAGCUGGGCUUUUGAGGAUAUUGAGGCUCGGUAGAUGUAUUUCCCAGGUCAUGCAACCUAAAAGCACGUAGAGUUUUCCAGGGGAAAGGUUAUUCACGCUGUUAACUAGGCUUUUUUAUUCUCUUUUUCUUUUCUUUUUUUUUUUUUUUUUCCCCAUCUUGUUUGUCGUUUGUUGUUUAGAUUGUACAAAUUUGGGCUUCCAGAAAGUUUAUUGUGGAAGCAAAACUAGUUUCGAGUAACAAAACAAGGUUAUGUUCUAAAAUCGUAGAAAAAAAGACCUUGACCCUCAUACGUCUUUGAAGAUUUGAAUGAAAUACUAAGUAUAGGUUAUAAUUGCUUUA